AUGGCUACUCCAUCAAUUUCCGACGAGCGAUUUGCGGAGAUCAAAGAUGCUCUUGGUGAUCCUUUUGCCGGUAGGACCCCCCUCUUGACAGACUUUCUGAUGUGUCAUAAGGCUGACCGCAUCUAUCCAGUACCUCCAAGCGUUCUUAUGCGGAACCUCGAGAUCGAAACAAACAAAGACAAGAGUCUAACAAAGUUCUUGGAGAGGGCAUCCUUGGGGGACGGAGAAUCCCCUCAUCUUUCACCAAAGGAAUGGCUUGAGCAGCUUACUAUGGUCGACUUCUCAGAUCAUGACGCCAUUUCUCAUCACCGAUUCGGCUUGGUCACUGAUCUCCUGGGACGAUUCGAUCUUGUCACCGAUGAUAACAUGGAUACCUUUGCUGUUGCACCAUAUCCUGGAUCACUGUCCACGGAGGAGCUGCCGGGCUCUCGACGCCUGACCCGAUCUCAGGCCAUGCUUCAGAACUUGAAUCCCCAUCCUUCACUAGUUUCACUUCAGAUCGGUGAUCCGCCCUCGAGUUAUUCUCUCUUCGGUACUCCAACGAUUGUCAAACCAUCAGUUUCCGUUCAACCCCUUCCGUCUCUCGUAUUGCCUGUCGGGCAGUUGCAAAAGAAACCCAAUGCAAAUGAAAGGAAGGUCUUCCUUGACACUGACUAUGUCCUUGUCAUUGAUGCUGUCACGGCUGAACACCCUGUAUGGCUGGUUUAUGAUCGAAACCCGCUGGAUGACCUGGGUGAACGAGAAGAAGUUGAUCCAGAUCAGCAACCUCUUGUUUUUACAGGAGUUGGAAAGAACUUUGAUGCCAUCCAAAUCUUCCCAAGCAUCCAAGCUUGGAUUGAUUCCUAUGAGAACCCUGACCCCAAGGCCUUUCAGGACGCCAUCAAGAAAACAGGGAUCAUAGCACCAGUGAAAGCUGCCGAGCUGAGUCUUUCGGACGCUGCCAAGCUUUUCCUCAAGUAG